AUACCAAAUAAAUGUCAAAGCUGGUCCUAAUCGAUAGGAAGGAUGAGCAGAAACUCAGACAGAACAUCUGAGCUCAUAAGGAACCUCGAGAGGGAGCUAAGAACAACCCAAUCUUACCUAAAAUUCAGCUAUCAGAUGUUGUUGCCAGUCAAAAUUUGUGAAAAAGCGAUAUAAUUUACAACAGAGCACGCUUUAAAACCAAAAGUAGUGUGAAAAACCAACAGAAUUCUAUUAAUAAUAUGCUCACUAGUCUUACUAAGGUAGAAAAAGCGACAAUUCCAGACAUUUAAAGCUCCUUUGCCUCUAAACCUAUCUAAACAAGAGCAGAGGCAUAACUCAGUCGUACAGAAGUUGAACUUUUCAGUUUCAAAAACACCGAAAAAUUCCCAGAAGAUGUCAACUAUAUAGCCUCAAUGAAGUCUAGUACAAAAAAGCCUAAACAUUUGUUAUAAAGAUCGAAUCUACGUUGAAAAAUAGGCAGAAUCUACUGCCACCACGUAACUCAAUGAAAGACCCUAGGAUAAAUCUCAAAAUUGCACAGACUUCGGCACGUAGUGGAAUGGAGUCGAGCCCAUUCGUAAGAGCCAAGGAGUAUGACAAGAGCCUGACCAGGAAGGCUAAGCUUCCUGGGCUCUCUCCAAGUCCUAAGGUAGCAUCAAGUAAGCCUCUGGUGGACAACUUGAAGAAGAACCUUAACCGUAUAAAAUAUCUUGAAAAAGCACACAGAUAUGUGAGAAGAAGGAACAUUUUGUCACAGAAAAGUCACUCCAAAAGGGUUAAAAUUAAGCCAGAAAGAGGUACUCCAGAGUGUGGUAAUGUGAGCAGGAUUUGGAACAACCAGGAACAAGUCAGGAUCCGCACAGUUGGGGGAUUAUGGCUUGCCACUCCUAAUAAGAAGAAAAAGGUUAUUAAAAAGCACAAAUAUUUAAAACAAAGUAAACCUAUUUUCAUAAAAUAAGCUAAUUGGAGGAAAUAAAUUAUCCUUAAAGUGA